AUUUUAGCCCAUCUUUACUUCCGUCAACACGCUUCUAAAAAUAUUUAUAGUUUAUUUGAAGAGCUGCGGGCCUAACCGCGACUCCGUUUUAAACGAGAACAUGUCCAUGCCGGGCAUGUUAUUCCGAUUCGGCGUCAUUCUCACUGCGGACUCGCCGCACGUCGAGUUGUUUAUUUUGGGCUCGCGCGAAGAAAUGGGUCAGUGGGAUCCGACCAAAGCGGUUCGGAUGAGAGCCUGUCGGAGCUCGGUUUCGACCCGAGAGCCGUGUCUGUGGCUCGGCGACGUGCGGCUGCGGGAGCCUUUUAAGGACACGCUGUGGUUCAAGUUCAUCCGAAGAACGGACGGCCAUUACGUUUGGGAAGGCAACGGGCCGCACCACGACAGAACGUGCACCUUUGACGAGGACAACGUGGUGGACGGCGUCCAUUGCCACCCGAUCGGCCACUGGAUAGAAGAGACGGGCCACACGGACGAGAUGAAGCACACCACCAACUUCUACUUUAGCGUGGCUGGUCAGAAUGCCAUGCACUUCUCCAGGGUGCUCCCAAGGCUUUGGCUGGGCAGCUGUCCUCGAGUGCCGGAACACGUGACGAUCAAGAUGAAGUACGACCUUGGCGUCAGCGCCGUAAUGAACUUCCAGACAGAAGCGGACGUGAUGAACAACUCCCACGGCUGCGGACGGAACCUCGGCGAAGCAAUGACGCCCGACGCCAUGAUGCAUUUGUACAACCGCUGUGGCCUCGCGUACGUGUGGAUCCCCACGCCCGACAUGAGCACCGAGGGUCGCAUCCGGAUGCUUCCCCAGGCUGUAUUCCUACUUCACGGUCUCCUCGAGAACGGUCACACGGUAUACGUCCACUGUAAUGCCGGCGUGGGGCGCUCGACGGCGGCCGUGUGCGGCCUGCUCAUGUACGUGCUGGGCUGGAGCCUGAGGAAGGUGCAGUACGUGGUGACCGCCAGGAGGCCUGUUGUGUACAUCGACGAGGAGGCUUUAGUGCGGGCCCGGGAAGACUUUGUUCGCAAGUUUGGCCGACUGCGUUCGUCCAUCUCCGAAACAUGAAGAUGGAGAUCAAGCGCAUUCUUUGUGUUACAUGACGAACUUCUCACAAAUGACUCAUAUGGAGCCUUUCUCGAAGACGCUUCUCAUUACUUUUUCAUGCGUGCCUUCCGGAAGGCGGUGAACGGGCGAGUGGUUUGAGUCACGCGUGUGCAAUCCAUAUGGAUGGCAGCACGGACUAAAAAUAGGGACAUACAUGCAUGCGUGCAUCGCAUGGAAAAUGAGCGAAGGCUUUUUGGUGUGUGGAGAUGAGUCUCGACUAUGUGUGUGGCCGCUUCAAGCGCGUCCAAGUUACGUCUUUGGGCUUUUUGUGUUCCCACGGUUUCAUUUUGAAGCGAUUCGCUUGAUUAAUGAGAGCGUUGAUUUAGUGUGAUUGAAAUGCAAGAAUUUUUUAAAUAUAUACUGUAUUUAAUAAAAAUCGAGUGACCGAUCUUUGGACAUUUAAAAUGUAAACUCUUCUUUUCACGGGUUUAAAGCCUACAUCUCGGCGCACUCGUAGCCAGAUUAUUUAUUCGCUGAUUGAUUUCAACCAGCUCGUCAAGUCACACAAUACGCACGGGCGCAGAUUUAUAUUCAUCACCGCUGCUUUUUUCAUGCCGCCGCGCUUUCUCCCAGUGCGAGUCGUAUCAAUCGCUCGGUGCAGGCAACGCGCUGAAGAAAGAAUCCUGCAAUGACUCUUGACUUUG